AUGAAUACCGGCACCUCGAUUACGAACGAUGAACCAGAAUCAAAAAGCUUGCAACAUCAAGACGGACCUCGUAGAUCGGCCUGUGAAUCUGCAAGAAGACCAUCCUCGAAAGCCCUUUGGUGGCCUCAUCCUGAGUCAUUCAGUCUUACUCCUGAUAUCCUCGCUUCGGCGGGACACUUUCACGAUCCUGUUGAAUCGGAGCCAGAUAGGACAAUUUGUUGGAUGUGUGGCGAGGCAACCGAUGAGCCAUGGUUGGUUCAUUUCAAAUGGGCUGUAAAUUGUCGCUUCGCACGUAUCGCCAUUCUAGAGCGUCAGCGUGACACACAUGUACUUGGGUGGCCUGAUCUUCUUCAACAACCUUGGGGUCCGACUCGGACUGCUGCAUGGUUACCUAGAGGACACACGAUGAUCAAAGCUCGGUUAGCCACAUUUUGUGGAAACGCUGGUCAACGGAGGCACAAAGGUCUUGAAGAUCUACCUACGAGAAUUGAUGUAUAUUGGUCCAUAGCUAGCCGUAGACUUGAGAACCACAUCAUGUUGCUAUCGUCGCCAAACUGUGGAUCAGAUUGGGAAGCGGGUGAUGAUCCCAACUCUAUUCAUCUUACAAAGGGACCAUGUAUCUUCUUUACUGCUAUACGUGCCCCAGAGACCAAGGCCAAGCCUGAAUCGAGUAGAAAAGCUUCACACAGCCGGUUAAAAAGACUUCCGCCACAAGAAAACCCGCCAGUAGCGUUCAGGAUGACACGAUUGUUGAACCGACUGAUGCCCCCCUCGAUCUUUGGAGCUCGCGAUAUUUUUAAUCCGCCUCCAAACCGACACUUCUAUCUACACUUCUUUGCUCACACUUCAUCCGCAUUUAAACUUCAACUUGAAUCACGCUACUGUACAACAUUUGAGCCAAGAUUCUCAAAUGCGAAGAAUCUUCAUCAAUUCAGAUUAGCGGUCUCCAAUAAGGCUUGUACCUUUUCAACGGAUAGUCAGCAAAGGCAAGAAUGGAUCGAGUCUCUCAAACGAAUCGUCUUUACCUGUCAAGAUUUGGGUGAAAACUUCAAAAUUGAAAUUCCUCUGGAGACCAUUGAAGAGGUUGAACAAUGUCAGUCAUUGCGGUUUGUUGAGACAGUCCGUAUCAAGACAAGCGAAUGGAUUGAGAGACGCGACUCAACUACCAACAACACUCCUUAUCAACAAUCAUCUCAACCAUUUCCUGAUGCCUUGACAGUCACCACCCCUUCAGACACAAUGGGUAGCAAUAUUUCCAACGCAAUUGCUGUACCCGGUGAUUACUUUUUCGCCUUUGCCGAAGAUCUAUCGACUCCACUUAAUCGCAUUCAAGACGCCAUCACCCAAUUUCGGAACCAAACAUCUUCUGUCACAAUACCUCAUCCACCUUCACAACUUGAUCAACUUCAACCUCGCUUCAUUCAAGCAUCUUUGACCGAAUUUCCAACUAAGGCCUCCUCUUCAGAAUUCUUUAUUUCUCCUCCAUCAUCGGCGGACACAACAUCACUCCCGCCACUUGUUUGGAAUUUGGCCGGCGCAGUACCCCACAAUCCAGCAGAGUACCCCCCACGCAGGUGUUCAUCAACGGCACGCGCUCCACGCAGGGAUUUGACAUUUCAAGUUCAUCCUCCAUCAUCCUCUCGUAUUCGCCACUCCUUUAUCGGACCUAAAACAAUUUCAAGUAGCAUCACUCAACAAAUUCGAAAUAUUUCGAGCACCAGUGAUAAGUGUGUUGUUAGCCCAAUUCGAUCCACCUCUAUCAAAGUUUGUAAACUACAGGACCAUACCCAACGUACACCCGUUGAACCUCAGGUCGACCAGUUCGAUGAAACCUCUGAUCAAAACUUGAGUGGCUUAUCACAGACUCCUGCAGACAAAAGUGAAACUUUAAGCAUAACUCAAUGGACACUUCGUCGAGCACGGACAAACAAGAGACUAACCAGUCUUGAGGUGGCUCUUGUUAGACAUGUGGAAUCACCUAUGCGUUCAGGUGCAGGUGGUAGUCUUAGUCCUAGAUCGCAGUUGUCAAUGCAUGUGGUCUCCGUCAGAAGACAUUCACCACCAUUUCAACAAGAUCAAAGCAAUACCAUUCAAGAAAUGACAAGAUCAUCCGGACCUGUCGUAUUUAGUGAUGAGAUGUUCUAUAGUUCCACUGCUAUGGCCAACUUACUAGAAAUCAGUUUGAUUGUUACUGAGAUGAUGGAUACCCUUUUUGGUGCAUUGGCAUCGAAGUCGCAUGCUUGCGUCGAAGUCCUAUAUUGA